AUGAUUCCGUUCCUACUAUCAAGUCUGAAAGAUAAUCUGCUCGAGUCUAGUUUUCCUGCUCAUCAUGCGUUCAACUAUCAUCUUGUCUCUCCUCUAUGUGGCAGGGCUUGGCGUAGCCAUUCCUGCUCCACAGAUAUUCAACCCUAGAUGCAUAGAGGAAGGCGACCCCUGUGGCGUCGACAAUCAACGCUGUUGCGAUCAUCUUUUCUGCGAUUUGCGAGACGGGCGGAACGGCAUAUGCCGGGACCGUGACCGUGACCAUGAUCGAGACCACGACCACGACCAUGAGGACCAUGACCGUGACCGUGACCAUGACCGUGACCAUGAGGACCAUGACCAUGAGGACCAUGACCACGAGGACCAUGACCAUGAUAAGGACCGGGACCAUGACCACGACCACGACCACGACAAGGACCCGGAUCAUGACCACGACCAUGAUCACGACCAUGAUCACGACCACGACCAUGACCGGGACCGGGACCGGGACCAUGAGGACCACGACCAUGAGGGCCACGACCAUGAUAAGGGCCGGGAUCAUGACCACGACCAUGACCACGACCGUGACCAUGAGGACCACGACCAUGACCGUGACCAUGAGGACCAUGAGGACCAUGACCACGACCACGACCGUGACCAUGAUCAUGACCGGGAUCAUGACCGGGAUCAUGACCGGGAUCAUGACCGGGAUCAUGAGGACCAUGACCACGACCAUGAUCGAGACCAUGAGAAAGACCAUGACAAGGACCAUGACAAGGACCAUGACAAGGACCAUGACAAGGACCAUGACAAGGACCAUGACAAGGACCAUGACAAGGACCGUGGUAAGGACCAUAAGUAAAACCAGAAAAGCUCUCUUGGAGCUUCCGGGCUAUGUGGUCUCUCGGACAGAAAACGUUGGCGUGGGAAGGAAUACUGCAAUUCAAGCAUUUUUCAAUAUCAAGAUCACGCCGGUAUCGACAACUUUUCUUUAGGCAGCGUCUUUGAAUUAUCAACAUAAAGCUUAGAGGAGCUUGGUCACUUCUAUCUUCUGUUUCGCGGUCAUGUAUCAAUAUUAACUACUUUCUCUCGCCAAUUGUUUUUGCCUUUGGACAAUUAAUAAUACUUUAUCAUCUUAAUGGAUAGAA